AUGAGCGGACGGCUUAUAGCAGCGGUCGGGCGUCUCCCGGCGUCACGCCCGGCCAUGGCUCGAGCCAUACGCCAAUAUCAUCAGCUAUCUUCUGGUGGUAUACUUCGAGCUGAUGCCGCCGUGCGUGCCACGCGCCGGCGGAUGUGGCUCCCCGUUAAUUCGUUUCAUAACGCCGUCAUCGUUCGCAAUGCUUCCUUUGCGCGAUUCUUACCCCGGCUGGUGGUUAAAUUUGUAAGGAUCCCUGCUAUGGCAGGGGGUGUGAUGAUAGGUGGUCUGGCUUGGAUUCAGUACCAAGCCACACAGGCCGGGAAUUAUGCCUGGGACGUAAUCUAUACCACGAAAGACGCCAUCACCAGCACAGCUACGGGCCUCCUAGAUGGUGCGAGAGAUAUUGCCUCCCAAACGAAGCAAGGGUGGCAAAAUACGAAAGACCAAGUCGAACUCCCAGAGUGGAUGCAGAAGAUUCUAAGGUCCCAAGAGGAGAUAGGCACUGGAAAGCAAGGCGGCGGGUCCGGCGGCGAUGAACCUCCAAAGCAGAGUAGGACAGGCGCUGCAGUUGCGGCAGGUGCAAGCGCUGCGGCAUAUGGUUAUGAACAGUCAUCCGAUGACAGCCCACAAGAUAUGGCCAAGGAUGAUCAAAUGAUGGUGCUUACGAAAAAGAUGAUUGAAAUCCGGAAUAUUCUAUCAAGAAUCGGACAAUCUGGUACCCUCACUCUGCCUUCUAUUGUAGUAAUCGGGUCGCAAUCUUCCGGAAAGAGUUCUGUUUUGGAAGCUAUCGUAGGGCACGAAUUUUUGCCCAAGGGAUCAAAUAUGGUCACCCGGAGGCCGAUCGAGCUUACUCUCAUCAACACCCCCGACUCGGUUGCGGAAUACGGUGAAUUUCCGGAUCUGGGUCUAGGAAAGAUUUAUGAUUUCUCCUCUAUCCAGCGUACUCUAACGGAACUAAACCAGGCUGUUCCAGAGAGCCAAUGCGUAUCAGACGACCCAAUCCGACUUUCUAUCUCGUCACCAAAUAUCCCAGACUUAUCGCUUAUCGAUCUGCCUGGCUAUAUCCAAGUCGUCGGGCAAAACCAGCCGCUUGAACUCAAGCAGAGGAUAUCGGAACUUUGUGACAAAUAUAUUCAACCACCUAACGUCAUCCUAGCUAUUUCAGCUGCCGAUGUUGAUCUGGCUAACUCGACCGCUCUCCGAGCUAGUAGACGGGUCGACCCUCGGGGCGAACGGACAAUAGGUGUUAUUACCAAGAUGGACCUUAUCGACCCUUCUCGGGGCGCGUCGAUCCUAGGUGAUAAACAAUACCCUCUUCGCCUAGGUUACGUCGGCGUCAUCUCUCGCGUACCGGCUGCGUCCGGGCUAUUCAAGAAGGGCAAUACGAAUCUAACGUCUACCAUUACCCGCAACGAAAACACCUUUUUCUCGGCUCAUCCAAUGGAGUUUGGUCCGGGUUCAGACGUCCAGGUUGGAACUUCAACUCUACGCAAGAAGCUUAUGCAUGUUCUAGAACAGACCAUGUCAGCUAGUUUACAGUCGACCAGCGAUGCCAUACGACAAGAGCUGGAAGAAGCGACGUACGAGUUUAAGGUCCAAUACAAUGAUAGACCCUUAUCCGCCGAGUCAUACUUAGCCGAGAGCCUCGAUGCGUUCAAGCACUCUUUCAAGCAAUUUACCGAAGAGUUCGGCCGUCCUGAAAUGCAUAGCCUCCUGAAAAACGAGCUUGAUCAACGAAUGCUGGACCUAUUAGCUGCGAGAUAUUGGAACAAGCCUAUUUACGAUUUAAGUGUUCCUAUUGCCGAGCCCAAUAACCUUGCCGAUCUUCCCAAAGCGGAUCCGGACUCCCUUUACUGGCGGAGGCAGCUCGACGCUUCUACCUCUGCACUUACUAAACUUGGCGUUGGUAGACUAGCCACUAACGUGGUCGCAAACUCGAUCCAAUCUCAUGUUGACGCCCUAAUCAGUCAAUCUACUUUCGUAAACCAUCCAUAUGCGCGACAGGCUAUCACAGAAGCUGCCGCAAGUAUUUUGAACGACCGGUUCUACAGUACCAGUGAUCAGGUAGAAAACUGCAUCAAGCCUUUCAAGUUUGAGAUUGACAUGGAAGAGCGAGAGUGGACUGCGGGCAGGGAGCACGUCCAAGGGGUGCUAAAGAAAGAACUGUCUGCCUGCGAAAAUGCCAUGAAAGAUCUCGAGACAGUGGUUGGAGGACGGAGGAAGCUGAGGGAAGUUGUCAAUUUUGUUGAUAAGGCUAGGAAAGGUGACGUGGUGGUCGAAGGUGACAGUCACGCCGGCGCAGGAGGAUUUAGUGCCGAGCUGCUUGCGAAAGGUCGAGAAGCCGUCUUCCUACGUGACCGUGCCGAUAUUAUAAAAAUGCGGAUGCUGGCAGUCAAGUCUAAACAGUGUGCCAAUAUCAAGAAUAAAUACCACUGUCCAGAAGUCUUCCUAGACGCGGUAGCCUCGAAACUCGCGUCUACGGCCGUACUUUUCCUUAAUGUGGAGUUGCUUUCUGAAUUUUAUUACAACUUCCCGCGCGAGUUGGACUUGCGUCUUGGGCGACACCUAUCAGACGAGGAAGUCGAAAGGUUCGCUAAGGAAGACCCCAAGAUCAAGAAGCACCUAGAAGUCAUCAGGCGCAAGGAACUCCUGGAACUAGUACUCGAGAAGAUGGAAAGCCUAAGACAGCUCGAAGGCAUAGAAAGGGAGCGACCCAGGCCAGGUCCAAAGAAGAGCAGCGAGAAAGAACGUGGACGAUGGGGGUUGUUCUGA